GCGGCCGCCGCCGCCGCCCGCCUGAUCCCCGAGAUUGCCGGCACCGAGACAAAGCGCGGGGCUGCCCACCGCGCCCGCCCGGCUGAGCCAUGGUGGAGCCGCCGGCCGAGCCUCCCCCGCAGCCCUGCCCGGAGCCCGGGGGGGCAGCGGCGGCAGCGGCGGGGGAAGAGCCGGCCCGGCCCGGGGAGCAGUCGCCGCUGCUGCACCUGGACCUCUACAACUUCGACUGCGCGGCGGCGGAGGGCAGCCGGUACGUGCUGACCAGCCCGCGGUCGCUGGAGGCCUGUGCCCGCUGCGCCGUGCGGCCGGUGGAGCUGCUGCCGCGGGCGCUGGGAGAGCUGCUGCGGGAGGCCCCCGGGCGCUCCAUGCGAGUGGCCGCCGGCCUCUACGAGGCCUAUGAGCGGGAGCGGCGCCGCAAGCUGCAGCAGUGCCGGGACGAGCGGGAGAGGAUUAUCCGGGAGGAGAAGAGGCGGAUCCUGGCGCCCCUGGGCAGCCUGCCGUCCUCGCCCGCCGCCCGCGCCGCACCCCGGGCCGCCGCCGCCGGCCCCCGGCCCCGAGGGGCGGGGAAGGCCAAGACCAAGAGCCACUCCUUGGACUCGCUGCAGAAGCGCCGUGAGGGCAGCUGGGGCAAGACCUCCUCCGAGUCGGGGGCCUCGUCCUCCUACAGCGGAGAGAGCCUGCGGGAGCGCGGGGGCACGGCGGGCAGCCGGGGCCGGGGGGCGGCGGCCGCCAGCGCCGUCCUGCUGGGGCGCAGCUUCAGCCUGGGCGACCUCAGCCACUCGCCCCAGACCGCCCAGAGGGUGGAGAGGAUCGUCAGGGAGGUGAAGAGAAGGAAGGGACUGUCGGAGGUGCCCGAGCGGGACAAGAAGAUCGCGGCGCUGAUGAUUGCCAAGCACCAGGAGGCCAGCCUGCUGCGGGAGCAGCGGCAGGCGGCUCACCUGCGGUGGGACAGCCAGCGGCGCCUGGCCCAGCAGCGGAAGGAGCGGGAGGAGAAGGAGAAGCAGAGGGCUCUCCUGCAGGGCCAGCGGCUGUGGGAGAGCCAGGUGGAGAAGCGGCGAGGGAGGCUGAGCCAGGAGCAGGAGGAGGCUACUCUGCUGAAGCAGAGGCAGCGCGUGGUGUGCGAGGAGAGGUGGCGGGAGCAAGCGGAGAAGCAGGAGCGGCUGCGGAGGGAGAGGCUGGAGAGGGCCAUCCAGGAGGACAAGCAGAAGAAGCUCCAUCAAGAGCACAACCUGAAGGCAAAGGAGGAGGUCAGGAAGGAGCACCAGGAGCGAGAGGAGCAGCUCCUGCAAGAGAAGCUGUCCACAGCUGCGCAGAAGAGGCUGAAGAAGGAGGUGCAGCUGCAGAAGGAGAAGAAACUGCUCAACCAAGCAGAGAAGCUGAAGCACGAGGCCUUGCUCAAGGAACUGGCCAGGCACGAGGCAGAAGAGAAGGAAAUGCUGAAGGUCUCCCUGGAGAUGACUUUGACCAAGGCUCAGGAGAACUAUGAGCAGCUAGUGGAGAAGAGGAACCAAGAGCUGAGGGAGAAGGCCAGGCGGGAAGACAUGCAGAUCCAGAGAGCCAAACUGGCAGCAGAGAAGAAGGAGAGAGAGCAAAAGGAGCACCUGGAGGCCCUGGCUAGAGAGACAGAGAGAAAGCUCCAACAUGCUGCUCAGGUGGCUGAAGAGGUUGUCCAAGAAAAAGCCCGCAGGGUGGUCUUGAGCCGUCUGGAGAAGGAGAAAGUGCAAAAGAUGAACAAGCAAAAGGUGGAACAGUACGAGGACUUACGGCGCAGGGAGAUCCUCCUCUCUAUAGAGAGGAAGCUGGAGAGGAGUGAGCAGAUCUCCAAGGAGAAGAAGACUGUCUUAGAAAAUGCCAGAUCUGUCGCUCGGGCAUCCUUCCAUGUCCGGGAAAAGGUUCGGGAGGAGACGAACGUGCGCACCUUUGAUAAGAUGGCCUUUGAAGCAGAACUGCACGCUCACCUAAAUAAGAAAUGAAAGAUCUUGUAAUGGUUGAGUUGUCAACUCAAUUGUCAGUUGUCCAUCGUAAUGCAUCGGGAAGCUCCUCUGCAUUAUUUAAAAAGAGCCCAACAAUGAAUAACCACCCUAAUUUCUUAUGAUGGGGGAGCAGGUUACCGCACAAAAAUGUGGCAGCUAUUUAACAUACUUUUAAAAAGACACCUUUGUCCUGGGUGUGUUUUAAGGACUGACCCAAGUCAUCUUUACAGAGGGGAAGUGAGUUUUUGUGUCCUCUACCCCACAAGCACAUGCAUUUUCUCAGCUGCAGAAGAAGUCUGCUUAAAGGCUGUGAAUUACCAAUUGAAUGUCUACACGGAGCCGACUACAGAUGCACUCUUUUCAGUUAGAAAUGUAGACACAACGGAGGUUACUGACUACUGGAGCCUACUAAGAACCAAAACCACCCCCACUGAUUCUGGCCUGAGUGACAGGCAGCCCGGUUCAAGUUACCAGGCUGCAUUUUCAAAGCUGCUGCACUCCCCUGUGGAAGCGGAGGAGGGCUGGAGUACAGAAUGUCAUACGCCCCAGGUGCCCUUGGCCACUGCUGGUACCUAGCAAGAGAAAUUACAGAUCAUGACUUUGUAACACAGUGUAAGUAGACGUUAUGAUCCGAGCUGGGCAGCAGCUGUUAGAAGUGCUCACACAGUUUCUCUUUUGCUGCUUGCCACUGUUGCCAGGUAUUCUCACCUCUCCGUUCAAAGUUUCUCUUGCACAUGUCUGUACUAUUUAUUCUUUUCUUUUGAAGGAGGAGGAGAAGGAGGGAAGUUUGUGGGCAAACUGACGGACACCCACACAACCUUCUUGUUUGUUAAGAUACAAAAAUGAAUGAAGCUGUGGAGGCUGGCCUUUGUGGUAAACAUGUAGAUCAUUCAUCAGUGGAAACAUGCAGACAUUGCAAAGAGAAAUUGCCAUCCUCAGGAAUUCUCAGAACUUGAGGAGACCCUUAGCAACCUUAUCCAGUUUGGUCUGCCUCGAGCAGGAGGUUGAACCAGAUGUCCUCCAGAGAGGUCCCUUCCAACCUAAUGGUCCUAUAGGCUGCAUAGAAUGAAACGUUCACCCAGCUCUCAUAAUCGUCUACUGAGCAAGGCAGCAUUUGUCUGUCCACUGGUGCUAACAGUUGUAUUCUUAUAUAGGGCACAAGAAAGAGCAGGCACAAAAUAAGGUACAGUACAGAUCCUCUCAGAUGAGGAUCACAGCUUUUUUAUAACUCUAACUUAAUACCAUUUAGAGGCUACUCAAUCUUUCUACCUUUAACAGACUCAACAUGUGAAAGUCUUACCUGCGCCCUGGGCACAGCAUUCAAGUAAGACAGUGUUCUGCUCCAGGUUUCCACCUUUGCUUUCUCCUGGGUUGCAGUUACGAGGACACAACCAGACCAGGCACUUUUUGCUGUUGUUUGUUUGUUUGUUUUUUUCUGGCUCUGGGCAGCACCAGCUCUCUCUUCUACCAUCUGUGACGCCGUGCUGGGUUGCUGUGGUGAUAGCAUCAGAUCUGGAGCAUGGGGAACUUAGGAGAAACAGCAAGAACAGCCUGGAUCUUGUUUUCUUGUGCAUGUCUCUGACAUACAACACAGUAGAAAAGAAAACCAGAAGAAGAUUGACAUGGCCCAGACAUGCAGUUCUGAAUGGACAGAUUGCUUACCAGAAUUUCCCAGGAGGUGACAAUGGGUCAAAAACCUCUUAGAAGUCUUUAAGGAAGGUGUUAAAUGAACUGCAACAAGAAGAGUGGUCACACGCUGAUACCCUGCAAGGCUGGAGACAUUAUAAAAACAGUUCUGAAAAUGAAGCAAGUAUGGAUUUUCUUUGAUUUUGAUGGAACUUGGUCUUCUUUGAAUCACAGUUGAUGCUGCUGAGGAGAGACAGCAUCCAAGCAGGAAUUAGGGCACUUGAGUGAUGUUUGCUCCGUUAGUCAUUGGCUCAAUGUGUAACACCAGGCAAGUCCUCAGAGGAUGGGCUUGCUCCUAUUGAUAUAAAUGGAAGAAGAGUCAGGCUCUUGGGAUUGCUGGGACUCGCAGGAAACAGUAACACGUGGCAAAACGCUUCAAAGACUUGGGACAUACUAUGCUAACAAAGCACAAAGUAUUUAUUUAUUUAUUUAUUUAUUUAUUUAGAGUGGUUAUUAAAACAUUUCUGCUGGUGACAAGCACUAAUUAACACCAAAAUCUAAAAAUAUUGGUAGCUGUGGGAAGGACAGUUGCAUUACUCUUUCCAGCUGGGCGUCUAUCCCUUCUCCCUUGUCCUCAAACAGCAAGCAGUUUGAAAAGUGAAACCAAUUGUUCCUUGAUGCUGGACAAGCUCCUUCAUCAAAAAAAGUCGCCUUCAUGUGUUGUUCAUACCGCAGUGAUCCAUGUGUGCCCUCAUAGCUGCAAAGUCCUAGAAAAGUGAUGCCCAGUGGCCCAGAUCCAGCCUGCACAAAACUUCCCUUGCUCCCUGGAAGCACCACAGUUGGGAUAAAACCUGCGGCGACUCCAAAUAGGCAACAUUUGAUCUUGUUUGUAGCCUUUUGGGCUGUAGAGAAAGCCUGCCAGUACAGAUGGGAGGGUUUUUGCUCCCCACGACAUCGCACCGUGGUUGACAUUAACUGCUUGAUCCAUUAAGCAGAGGGCAAGUGGGGAGAACUGGGAAACAGUGGAAAGAAGGCAGAAUGUCGCAGGUGAUUGAGAAGACACCGUCUCUAACUGGAACAGCAGUUUUCCCCUAAAGAUCUACUGCAAUCUACCUGAAGGCUUAUUUAUCCAGUCCUUCCUCUGACGAGGCAUUUCCAGCGUAGACUGAACAUUUUACAGCCCAGGAGACAUGUCUUGGUCACUGGUUGCAGUGACACCUGGGGUCCGUCUCCUGCUGCAGACUGAGUUUGACACCUUGGGGCUACAGCCCAACUCAUCAAAACACACUAACAUGGUGGUAAUUGGAUUGGCAAACUACUGAUGUCAUGCAGUCUUGCAGCUCAAGUUUUGAAUGUGCAAUCUAAGAAAAAAAAAUAUUUUUUUUCAAAAUACA